AUGUCAUCUUCAUUAUUUAGUUAUGUUUUUUCUGGAAAAUCUAGUUCGGAUAGUGAAAAUGAAGGUGAAAAUAAUUUUGACACUUUUGUACCAAUAGAUAUUGAUAAAAUCGUUCCUCGUCGUAAAAAAUCAAAUAUUAAAGCUUCGGAUGUCGUAGUAGAUCUUGAUGAUUUGAAUGAUGAAUUUGUUAAUUAUCAUGAGGAAGAAACAAAAAAGUAUGAUGGUGGUGGUGGUGAUGGUUGCUACCGUGGUGGUAGUUGUAGUACUCCCCAAAAAAGAGAAAAUAGUGUGAAUGAUUUUGGUAGCACUUCGAAAAAAAAGGGUAAGGAAAAGAUUUUUGAGAAUUUGAAUGACUUUUGUGAUGGUGGUAGUGAGGGAGAAGAAAUUUUUGAAGAUGUAUGUCCCCGUGUUGGCCAAAUAUUUAAUACACUAGAUGAAGCCGAAAGAUUUUAUAGAGAUUAUGGGAGGAGAAUGGGAUUUGAGGUAAUAAUUAGGAGUACACAUAGACACUCGCGAAGUGACGCUAUUUCCUCGCGUUUGUAUAUUUGUCGUAAGGGUAGGAAAUCAAAUUCUCAAUCUCUUGAUUUUGAAGACGAAGAAGAGAAAGUAAGACGAGUUAGAGAUAUACUAGGAAGAACUGAUUGUGAAGCUCGAAUGUAUGUGGUUCAUCGUAUGAAGUUAGAUGUAUGGGAGAUCACAUUGGUGGAUUUAGUGCACAACCAUGCAAUGAUCACACCGGAUAAGGUUCAAUUUAUGCAAAGGUCGCGUAACAUUGGGCCUGUCGCGAAGUCAUUAAUUGAGACGUUGAGUAAAUCUGGUAUUGGACCGUCUCAAUCAAUGAAUAUAUUGAGUGAGAUAAGUGGUGGAUUGGGUCAAGUUGGUUUUACUAAUCAAGAUAUUAGUAAUUUACUACGUAGCAUUCGUCACAAGGUAUUCGAUUCGGGUGAUGCCGAGACUGGUUUGGCCUUGCUACGAGAAUUGAGUGCUAGUAGUUUUGGAAAUUUUUUCUACCGGGUAGAAUUGGAUGAUGAGAAUCGAGUUAAUAGUUUGUUGUGGGUUGAUUCUAGGUCAUUAAAUGCAUACAAGAAUUUUGGGGAUGUAGUUACUUUUGACUCGACAUAUCGGACCAAUAAGUAUUGUAUGCCAUUUAUACCCAUUACAGGAGUGAAUCAUCAUUAUCAAUCAAUUUUAUUUGGGUUCGCACUCAUAAGAGAUGAGAAGGAAACGUCUUACAAAUGGGUUUUAAAGACGUGGUUGGAAGCUGUUAACAACAUACCUCCCAUUUCAAUCAUUACCGAUCAAGACAUAGCAUUGGGGAAUGCUAUUGCAGAGGUAUUGCCAGACACAAAUCACACAUAUUGUACGUGGCACAUAAGUCGUAAGUUUACCGAAAAAUUAUCUAGCAUGUUCACAAAAUAUCCUGAUUUUAAAAAAGAUUUCAAGUCAUGUUUGUACAAGUCAGUGACGGGUGAGGAAUUUGAACACAAGUGGAUGAUUAUGAUUACAAAGUACAAGUUGGAGAAUCAUAGUUGGUUGAAUGAGAUGUAUUCAAUCAAGCACAAAUGGAUAGGUGUCUACACAAGAUUCCAUUUUGCAGCAGGUAUGAGUACAACCGGAAGGAGCGAAUCAAUGAAUUCCUUUUUUGAUGAGUAUGUGAAACCUAGUACGGGUUUGAAAGAAUUUAUUGAGAAUUCUCAAAAAGCUUUGGAGAAACAGUAUCUUCGCGAGGUAGAAGCCGACUAUGAAACUCAAUACAAGCAAAGAAGACUCAUUCUAGGUUCUUCACUAGAGUGUCAUGCAGCAAACAUCUACACGAAAGAAAUGUUUAGACGUUUCCAACACGAGUUUCGACAAGCCGGAUCUUAUGUUGUGGAGUUGUUGAAUGGAGACAUCGGUAUGCCAGGGAGGAUGUACGUGGCAUACAAAUCAUCUGCGCCCGAGGAAAGUAGGAGUUUUUAA